AUGGAGUACAACGACACGCUGUUGAUACCGGGCCAACGUAUACGUCCGCCCGUGACGAAGGAUAUGGCGGUCGCCCUGCUGGAGCGGAUCUACGGCAUGAGGGCAACGAGCGUGCGCGAACUGGACGCAUACGACGACCGUAACUAUCACGUGUUGUGCGAGGAGACGCAUGUGAAUCCACACGUGACCAGCCCGGAGAAGGCCGGAUAUGUCCUCAAGGUGAUCAACUCCUUAGAUUCUCGGAAGACUGGCAUAAUCGAGGCGCAGAACGAGCUAAUGAUCUUCCUAAAUCAACGGGACAUCUGCUGCCCGUUGCCGGUCAGGAACGUGAACGGCGCGUUCUUCUCUCUGGAGAAUCUAAAGAGCGAGAACACCAUGGAAAGGUACGCCGUGAAAUUGCUCGUCUACCGUCCCGGCAAACUUCUACACGAUGUAAAAGCGACCGACGAAUUGUUGCGCAAGGUUGGCACUUUCGUCGCCAGAAUCGACGAGAUCCUCGUUGGAUUCAAUCAUCCCGCUUACGACGAUCACAGGACAAUGUGGAUGCUGACUUCGGUGCCGCAAGUGCAGCAGUUCACGUACGCCGUCAAGAGCUCGCUGGACAGGCAGCUGGUGCACGACGUGAUCGUCAGCUUUCAGAAGGAAGUGCUGCCGAUCACGGAUCAGUUUGAGCAGGGGAUGAUACACGGCGACUUGAACGAGCAUAAUAUACUCAUGAGCCUCGACGGCGAAGACAUUACCGCCGUGAUCGAUUUCGGCGACUCUCACAGAACUUGUCGUAUUUUCGAGCUGGCGAUAAUUCUCUGUUACAUGAUCUUACAGGCGGCCGAUGUGAAAAUGGGUAGAUACGUUGUAAAGGGCUAUCAGGAGAUCAGGAGGCUGACCGACGUAGAGAAGAAGAUUCUUAAGAUCAGCGUAUGCGCCAGGAUGUGCCAGAGUCUAGUAAUGGGCGCUUACUCGCAUCUGCAUGAUCCCGAAAAUCAAUACUUGCUGACCACGCAGAAAACCGGUUGGACAUUGUUGAAAAGACUAUGGCCAAUGAGCCAAAACGAUGUAAUGGAAGCCUGGGGUUUGAACACUGUCUGA